AUGUCAAGUCAAGAGGCCAAGACUGGCAUUGUCGAGAUCACCUGCUUCACUGAGAAGCAAAUGGAGUACCUGAUCAACUACAUCUACAUUGGUGUAUUCGACUUUUACAGCGUCUGUCAAAACGACACCUUCCUACGCACCGCCAUCCAGCUUUGGACAUUAGGCGAUUACUUUUUAGUACGGAUCCUCUGCUCCGAAGUUGAGUCGGAGCUCAAAGCCUAUACAUACUCCCGUACACAACGAGCAGCCGUAUCCAUGGGGUUGCACCAACCAAGCCCCCAGGAUUGGAUCAAUGCUGGCCGGCUUCUCUACACAGACUACCAAGACGCGGACAGCACACACAUCCUCAAGGCGAUAUUCCUGGAGAUCACCCUUGGUAAGCCAUGGGCUCGGAGGCUACAUCUCCAGAUGCCUGAGUUUAAGACUCUUUGCCAGGAGCAACCCGAUUUCGGCAGCGAUUGCAUGAUCAAGCUGGUGGAUGAUGGUGUUCAACGACUUCAGUGA